CAAAAAUAAAAAGUAUAGAGACCCCUUUCCGUUCAAUUUUGAGGUAAAAGAAAAAGAGUGAUCCAGUCUUUUUCGUUCUAGAUCCAAAGAGAGUGUGUGUGUGUUUGCGGUGUGCAAUGGCGAAAAAGGCAGUGCUGAUUGGAAUCAACUACCCGGGAACGAAGGCUGAGCUGAAAGGAUGCAUAAACGACGUGUGGAGGAUGCACAAAUGCCUGAUCGAGCGAUACGGAUUCUCCGAAGAUGACAUCACCGUUUUGAUCGAUACGGAUUCGUCGUAUACGGAGCCAACUGGGAAGAACAUACGAUCGGCGUUGACUAGACUGAUCCGAUCGGCGGAGCCUGGCGAUGUGCUGUUCGUCCAUUACAGCGGACACGGCACUCGCCUCCCUGCCGAGACCGGAGAAGAGGAUGACACUGGUUAUGAUGAAUGCAUUGUUCCUUCUGAUAUGAACCUCAUCACUGAUGAUGAUUUCAAGGAAUUUGUGGACGAGGUCACUAGAGGUUGUAGGCUGACAAUUGUAUCAGAUUCUUGCCACAGUGGUGGCCUUAUUUCAGAUGCUAAGGAGCAGAUAGGAGAUAGCACAAGGGGAGGAGAAGAGCAACAUUCUGGGUCUGGCUUUGGAUUAUCAAGCUUUAUACAUCAGACAGUGGAAAAUGCUAUCGAGUCUCGCGGAAUUCAUAUCCCUUCAGCAUUGCGUCACCAUGGUCGCAGGAAUGAUGAUAAUGAUGAUGAAGACAGGGACAUUGAACUUCCACACGGGCGACACGGCUAUGCAAAGAAUAGGUCUCUGCCCCUUUCAACCCUCAUUGAAAUACUAAAACAGAAAACUGGAAAAGAUGAUAUAGAUGUCGGGAAAAUUAGACCUACACUGUUCGAUGUUUUCGGGGAAGAUGCUAGCCCUAAAGUAAAGAAGUUCAUGAAGGUUAUCUUGAAUAAACUCCAACAUGGCGGCGGUGCAAGUGAGCAGGGCGGAAUCUUGGGGUUGGUGGGUAGUCUUGCUCAAGAGUUUCUCAAGCAAAAGCUGGAUGAGAAUGACGAAGGAUACGCUAAACCUGCUCUAGAGACACGCGUCGGAAGUAAGCAUGAGGCAUAUGCUGGAUCGACCAGGCGCGGCGUUCCAAAUGGUGGAAUUUUAAUGAGUGGCUGUCAGACAGAUCAGACUUCUGCAGAUGCAAGUCCUGCCGGAAAUUCUGACAGCGCUUAUGGAGCUUUUAGCAAUGCAAUACAGGCUAUAAUUCAGGAGACUGAUGGUGCAGUUACAAAUCAAGAGCUUGUUCUGAAGGCUAGAGAGAAGCUGAAGAGGCAGGGUUUCUCUCAACAACCUGGACUCUAUUGCACUGACAACCAUGUUGAUGCUCCUUUCGUGUGCUGAUCUGUUCUCAUCUUAUGCAGAGAGAGAGAGAGAAUAAUGUGUGUUUUGUAUGGUAUGCUCGUGUGUUGAUGUCUGUGUUUGGACAAUACAUGUUUGCACAAAAGGAAUAUUUACUUCAACUAUUAUUCCAAUGAUCAUUUACGAUAUCUGAUACAAAAUAGUUCAAAUUCGGACUGGACUAUCC